GUUUUUGUGAGUCUCACAAAGCCGCAGCAUCAUGUGGACAGCCACUUAGCGAUAAAAACGGCUUCGGAUUGGGAAUAAAACAUCUGAAUAGAGACACACUAAGGUGUGAUGGGUGUCACAGUGUCCAGUCUCUCUGAGUGUUAGCAUCGCACCACCAGGAUGAUUUAUUUGUCUAACACAGCACACUGGCAGUUUCUGGGCCUGACAUGUGGUUUCCUGGCCUGGAUCCUGAUCAUGACCACCAACGGCAUCAAUGAGUGGCGUCUGUGGCAUGUGGAGGACGUGUCUGUCAUCACCUCUGGCAUGGCGUGGGUGGGAAUCUGGAAGGCAUGUUUCUUUAGUCAUGCUUUCUCCAGAAUGGAAACCUGUCAGAGCAUCAGCAUCUCGGACCCAUUCCUGCCCACAGAGAUCCCUGUGGCUCAGGUUCUGAUGGUGCUGGGGAUGAUCUGUGGCCUGGCGGGAAACAUCAUCGCUGCUAUGGCGAUGAGGAUGGCCUAUUUCUCUUUGGAGGACCGUAAGAACAUAAGGCUGUUCUUUUUGUUGGGAGGGAGCCUGUAUGUGCUGACAGGGACUCUGUGUUUGGUGCCGCUGACAUGGAACAUGACCUCUGUGUUGAACAACAGCACCAUAAACUUUCCUCCUGAGUUUUACCUCCCUGUAGCUCCUGUGAAACAGCAGGUCGGCUCGGCUAUCAUAGUGGGCAUGUUGGCCUCCAUAAUGAUGCUCAUAAGUGGGCUGCUUUUCCUCUUCUAUCGCUAUGCCUGUCAGACUUUGAGCUCCGAGGUCCCCAGGAAAAAUGUGGACCCCCUACAUGGCCCCUGGACAGGAACCACCCUGGCACAGCAGUCUGAGUUGCCAAAUGCAGACAACCUGGGCAGAGAUAAUCCCACAUUUCACAGCGAGGAAUUAUCAUAAAGGAAAACCUAAAAUCAGGGAACUUACUAUUUCACAGUCAUCUCUCUGAUCCUUGGGAAAGUGACUUGGGCAAUUUCAUGGAAGGAUAUGGGCCUACAGUACUUGAAUAGUUAACAUUAAAUAUGUAAAUAUAACAAUUAUCCAUUAGAAAUAAAUAAUUAUAAUUUUCCAGAAUAACUGUUAAGACUUCCCUGGGACUGCACUGGAAAUAAGAACUGCUAGUCUAUUACUUGAACAACAUGAACUUUUAUAUCAAACAGACGUUUUUUUCUAACACUGAAGAAGCUCUGGCAGUGAUAUUUCCUUUGACAAGACUCGUCUCAUUCAUUACUGACAAACAUAAGCACACAGGAAGCACAGGAAACCAUACCAAGUCAGCUUUGUAGUGAUUAGCAAUGUGGCUAAUUUUUAGAAAAAGUGAU